AUGAAGCGGUCAAAUUCAUCCUCAAAUUCCGUCGAGUCGUCUACUCGCCCUUCGACCGCCUCUUACAUCCUCUCCCGCUCCCUCGGCUGUCCAACCCGCAAACCAAACCCCUCCCAGCAUUACAGCCCAAUCCCAAUCUCCACCCUCGAAGAAAAUCAAAUCCCCUAUAGCGGUACAAACGUCUCCCAACUCUUAAGGCACCAAGUCAUCCUCGGUUUCACAGGAUCCUGGCCAUUCUAUCUUGUCACGGUCGGAAAAGCGAAGACGAGGGCUCCGGAGUGGGAGAUUGAAUCAAGGCUUGGUAGAGAAGGCUUCGUGAUGCCUUUGGACCGGAGUACGGCUGUAAAUAUAUGGCGAUUGGAUGUUAAGGGGAAGAAAUUGCGGUUCAUCGAAAAGAGUAAUGAUAUGGGGUGGCGUGCUUGCUGCAUCCCUCCCGUCGGUUUCUUCACAGCGUGCCAUAACAUGGACAAGGCCAAAAACCAGUUCAGGGUUGUGCAGGUCGUGUUAAGGAGGCAUUUGGAUAUGGACGUCGGUGGUAAUCUCGAGUGUCGGAUAUGGGAUGUGGGCAGGAAGGCUAUGAGUGCGGUUUGUGUUCCUGCUGGUGAGGAGGAGCGGCUCGUGGGUGGGGUUUGCUUUGCGGGUUUGGAGGAGGGGAGAGUUGUUGUUGGGAUGGAGUCUAGGUUGCUCUGGAUUGAGAUUCCGAAUGAAGAUGAAAGCGGCGACGAAGCAUGCUCGAGCGAGGCAGAUGUAUGCUCAGAACCGGAUGCGAAGUUCUGGCCGCCGAGCUCCCCGGAUGAUAUUCAUUACCGCAAACCGUUUGCGGAUCCGGAGGAACCCGUACUCAAGAACCCGGCCGUACAUAUCCUCGAGCUCGAUAUUUACACAUCGACUCUACUAUCGAAGAUACCGCCGUUCUCCACAACCGGCCUGCCCAAAUUCACAACAUUUAGUACCAGAGUCUUGAAUCCGGCUCACCUACCGAUUCUUCCUCGAAUCAUCAGGGAAGAAGUCGUCAUCGCAUUCGGUGCGCUAGGGAAUUGGAAUACGGUCUUUGUCUUCCUACUUUUGGCGAUUCACAAGAAAACUCGGAGUAUCACACCCGUCCGGGCGAAGCACUGGCAGAUACCCUUCAAUCUCAAAGCACCGGCGCCGAAUGCGAGCAAGUUGUUGGACCAGUCGUUGCGGAAGUUGGAUGCAAGGAUACCGCUUGGAAGGCAUUUGUGUGAGAAGGAUUGUAAGAACAUGAAGGAGGUGAAGGUGUUGGCGGAGUAUAAGGUUGCAUCCGGGGUGGAGGAUGCGAGGGAUAGUGCGAAGGUGUUGAAGAGCGAUGAAUUGGGGGUCAUUAUCGGAGGUUGGGGAGAGAGGAUGUGA